CCGGGCCGGGCCGAAGCGAACGCCGGGCGGGCAGCAGCGCCAGAGCGAGUGGAGCCUUCGGGUCCCCGGGUGGUGGCGGCGGCGGUGCAGAGGAGGAAGGCGGCGGCUCUCCCCUGCGGGCGCGCGACCCGGUCCGUCCCGCGAGCUCGUGCCGGUCCCGCGGCCCGGCCCGGCCCCGGCCCCGGGCCCCUCCGCCGCCGCCGCCACCGCCAUGGCCCGGCCGCUGGUUCCCAGCUCGCAGAAGGCGCUGCUGCUGGAGCUGAAGGGGCUGCAGGAGGAGCCGGUGGAGGGCUUCCGGGUGACGCUGGUGGACGAGGGCGACCUGUACAACUGGGAGGUGGCCAUCUUCGGGCCCCCCAACACCUACUACGAGGGCGGCUACUUCAAGGCUCGCCUCAAGUUCCCCAUCGAUUACCCAUAUUCCCCACCAGCCUUCCGGUUCCUCACCAAGAUGUGGCACCCAAACAUCUAUGAGACAGGGGACGUGUGCAUCUCCAUCCUCCAUCCCCCAGUCGAUGACCCUCAGAGUGGGGAGCUGCCCUCAGAGCGGUGGAACCCCACACAGAAUGUCAGGACCAUCCUCCUGAGUGUGAUCUCCCUGCUGAAUGAGCCCAACACCUUCUCGCCCGCCAAUGUGGACGCCUCGGUGAUGUACAGAAAGUGGAAGGAGAGCAAGGGGAAGGACCGCGAGUACACAGACAUCAUCCGGAAGCAGGUCCUGGGGACCAAGGUGGACGCGGAGCGUGAUGGCGUGAAGGUGCCCACCACGCUGGCUGAGUACUGCGUGAAGACCAAGGCGCCGGCGCCCGACGAGGGCUCGGACCUCUUCUACGAUGACUACUAUGAGGAUGGCGAGGUGGAGGAGGCCGACAGCUGCUUUGGGGACGAGGAGGACGACUCUGGCACCGAGGAGUCCUGACCGCGCCCCGAAAUAAACUUACAGAUUUUACCUCAGCAGGACCGUGUGGGCCUCGGGCGACAGACUACCUCACUGAGGUUCCCUGUGGGCUCCCGUCCUGCAACCCUUAGGUCCUCUUACCCCGUGGUGCCUGGCAGACACCCCACCCGGCUCACAGAUGGUGACAAGUCUGGGAGGCUGGGGACCGCCUGGUGGGAGGCAGAGACUCCAUCCCAGUCCGCCCGCAGGGCAUUGGUGUGUGUGAAAUCCAAAUAAAAUGGCUUUCGGAGAA